AUGCCUCUUUCGCCGGAUGGGCAAGACCCAGAACCGGAGACACCAAAACCAUCACACCAACGGCAUCGGGCUCCGACGAUAAGUAUCGACGACUCCGCCGUAAAUCAACCUUCAGAAGAGCCUCCCAGCGCUUCCUCCGAUAAACCUGGUCCUUUACCUAGGAUACAGACCAAGAACCUUGACACUGGACCUGUCCUAGCAUCGCCCCUAUCGGGGUCCCCAACCGAUGUCCGCGCAUCCACAGACACAAGAGAGUCUCGACCUACGUCUCCUCACAAUGUCUCUUCUCCAAGAUUCCUCGAUGGGGCCUCUACCCAAAAUUUCCUCUCGGUACCAGGCUUCAGGCCGAGGGCGGCCUCAAUGGAGUCCGACAUUUCACCUACAUCAGAGUUUGGCGGAGAGACACAGAUAGAAUCAAGCACGUCGGGCCUGGAUGAUCAGAGAAAGAACUCUUUCAGCAAUAAUGAUGAGAUUAUCAACGAUCAGGACGCUCUCAAGCCGGACCCGGGCAAAGAAGAAGACUUCAAGGUGGAAGACAAUAGGUUUGCAUUCAGUCCCGGCCAACUAAACAAGAUGAUCAAUCCAAAGAGUCUGGCGGCUUUCCAUGCGUUGGGCGGUCUUGCAGGCUUGGAGAAAGGCCUGCGAACAAAUCGACACAGUGGGCUCAGCAUGGACGAGCUCGGCCUGGACGGUACGGUCGAUUUUGAAGAAGCUGUGAAAGCAGGAGCUGAAGAGGAAGAGCGUUACGGGACCGUAAAGAGAACCACGACCAGCCAUUCGCUGGGCGCUGCCGCGAACACGUCUGAUAAUUCCUUUGCCGACCGCAAGCGCAUUUUCAAGGACAACCGGCUACCAGAGAAGAAAGCGAAAACCUUUUGGCAGCUUGCGUGGAUAGCCUACAACGACAAGGUGCUGAUUCUGCUUUCAGUCGCUGCUGUGAUCUCAUUAGCUCUCGGUAUCUACCAAACGGUCGAACCGGCCCCGUCCGAGGCGCACGAAGCUCGAGUUGAAUGGGUCGAAGGUGUGGCCAUCAUGGUCGCAAUCAUCGUUGUCACAUUCGUCGGUGCAUUGAACGAUUACCAAAAAGAACGUCAGUUCAUAAAAUUGAACCGUAAGAAGGAAGAAAGAUAUGUCAAAGUCAUUCGCUCCGGGAAGUCUAGGGAAAUUUCAGUCUAUGAUGUUUUGGUCGGAGAUGUUAUGCACCUGGAGCCAGGUGAUUUGAUACCGGUCGAUGGCGUCUUCAUCGAGGGCCAUAAUGUCCGAUGCGACGAAUCUUCUGCCACGGGCGAAUCUGACAUAAUUCGAAAAACGCCAGCCGACGAGGUGUAUCACGCUAUCGAGAACCACCAAAACCUGAAGAAAAUGGAUCCUUUCAUUCUCUCAGGAGGCAAAGUCUCGGAAGGUGUUGGCACGUUCCUCGUCACUUCUGUUGGGAUCAACUCAAGCUACGGUAAAACAUUGAUGUCUCUGCAAGAUGAGACUCAAUCUACACCUUUGCAGUCAAAAUUGAACGUUCUGGCUGAGUACAUUGCGAAGCUUGGUUUGGCUGCGGGCUUGUUGCUCUUUGUCGUUCUCUUCAUCAAAUUCCUUGUCGAGCUGAAGAACAUCGACGGUGGGGCCCAACAAAAGGGUCAGCGCUUCCUCCAGAUCUUCAUCGUGGCAGUCACCAUCAUCGUGGUCGCUGUACCAGAAGGUUUACCCUUGGCUGUCACUUUGGCGCUUGCCUUCGCAACGACUCGAAUGCUCAAAGACAACAACUUGGUACGGCUUCUACGUGCCUGUGAAACCAUGGGCAAUGCAACCACUGUUUGUUCGGACAAGACUGGAACAUUGACGCAGAAUAAAAUGACUGUUGUGGCCGGAACACUUUCCACUGCUUCUAGAUUCGGCGACAAGCCACCACCAGUCAAUGCUAAGGUGACAGACGAUGGCAAACUGCCGGCCCCUGAGACCAGUCCAGGCGACGUUUCUUCCAAUGAAUUCAUUGCGACUCUUUCAGGAGAGACCAAAAGCCUGCUCAAAGACUCGGUCAUUCUCAAUUCCACAGCAUUCGAGGCCGAGGAAGGGGGCCAAAAGACGUUCAUUGGCUCAAAAACCGAGACCGCCUUGCUUUCUUUUGUUACGGAUCAUCUUGCGGUCGAAUCUAUCAGUGAAGAAAGAUCGAACGCAGACGUUGUUCAAAUGGUACCUUUCGACUCGGGACGCAAAUGCAUGGCUGUGGUCAUCAGACUGGCCAAUGGCAAAUACCGCAUGCUGGUGAAAGGAGCGUCGGAAAUCUUGAUCGGCAAGUGUUCGAGACUAGUCAGCGACCCUACCACAGGGAUCGCCGAUGCUCCUAUAACUGCCGACCAAAUCGAGACUUUGAACGGUAUUGUCAGUAAUUAUGCCUCUCGAUCACUACGGACGAUUGCACUCUUGUUUCGCGACUUCUCCGAGUGGCCGCCACGCGGUGCUGUGUCGCCAGACGACAAGAAGCAAGCAGAUUUCGACAAAGUCUUCAAAGACAUGACUUUCUUUGGCGUGGUUGGCAUUCAAGAUCCACUGCGACCCGGUGUAGAGAAAGCUGUUCACGACUGUCAAGUUGCUGGAGUCUUUGUCCGUAUGGUUACUGGCGACAAUAUUAUGACCGCCAAGGCCAUAGCUACUGAAUGUGGCAUCUUCACGCCUGGUGGUAUCGCCAUGGAGGGCCCGGUCUUCAGAAAAUUGAGCUCUAAACAGCUGACUCAGGUCAUUCCUCGUCUACAAGUCCUUGCCAGAUCAAGCCCGGAAGACAAAAAGCUGCUCGUGGGCCAUUUGAAGAAGCUUGGAGAGACGGUGGCGGUUACUGGUGACGGUACCAAUGAUGCACCAGCACUCAAGACUGCAGAUGUAGGUUUCUCCAUGGGUAUCGCCGGUACCGAGGUCGCGAAAGAGGCAUCUGCCAUUAUUCUGAUGGACGACAAUUUUGCGUCGAUUGUGAAAGCCAUCUCUUGGGGCAGGACUGUCAACGACGCCGUCAAGAAGUUCUUACAGUUCCAAGUCACAGUGAACAUCACAGCUGUUAUCCUUACAUUUAUCUCUGCUGUUGCCAAUGACGACGAAACAUCUGUCUUGACAGCCGUGCAACUGCUCUGGGUCAACUUAAUCAUGGACACGUUUGCUGCACUCGCUUUGGCUACCGAUCCCCCCACGCACUCGAUCCUGAAACGACGACCUGAACCUAAGUCGGCACCAUUGAUCACCGUCACAAUGUGGAAGAUGAUCAUCGGGCAGUCAAUCUAUCAACUUGUGGUCACACUCGUCCUGUACUUUGCAGGAGCUGGCAUACUUUCUUACCAGACCCAACAUGAGAAGGAUCGACUUCAAAGUACCAUCUUCAACACUUUCGUGUGGAUGCAAAUAUUCAAUCAGUACAACUCACGACGACUGGACAACAAUUUCAACAUUUUCGAAGGAGUCUUCAAAAACUACUGGUUUCUGGGCAUUCAGCUCAUUAUCAUUGGCGGCCAAUGCCUGAUUAUGUUCGUUGGAGGGCAAGCAUUUUCCAUCAACCGGAUCAACGGGGCGCAAUGGGGAUACUCGAUAGUGCUCGGAGCACUCUCUAUGCCUGUUGCAGUGAUUAUCAGAUUACUGCCGGACGAGAUCUUCGCGAAGAUGAUCCCCAGUGUCAGCCUCCGGAAGAAACGCGCACCUCAGUUUACCCUUGAAGAUGAUGAACAACUCCGGCAGUGGAACCCGGCUCUGGAGGAGAUCCGAGAGGAGCUUACGUUUCUCAAGAAGAUUCGAGGCGGACGGAUGUCCGAGUUGGCGUAUAAAUUGCAACAUCCUCGAGAUGCCUUCAUGCCACGAUCACGAAGUCCAUCUCGAUCUCGGUCCAAUAGUGACCUACCCCAAACCCCGGAGGCUGAUGGAUCUUCGCCGGAGAUGGCUCCUGCUUCUCCUUCGACUCCAGAGAAGUACAAGAAAAGAGCAAGAUCGACAUCGAAUUCCGUCUUCGGGCCUGCUGCAGCGAUGGCUGGAAUUAUCGCCGGCAGUGUGGCCGGCGGCUGGUCUCCUGUCGAGAGGCGCAAUGAAGAACCCGAGACUAUUCACUUCCAACGAGCUCGCUCUCACUCAGGUGUGGAAGGGACUCCUGGAAUGGAAAUUCACCCAGCUACUUCAGUGGAUGAUCCAGUCUUUGCAGAGAACAUUCCAAGGAAUGGUGUGCCGCCAAGCCAACUGCCAAAUCUGGCACCGCAUUUCGACCAUGCGCCGCCGCACAGCUCGCCAGGCCGAACGAAGAGCUCACACUCGCGAUCAACCUCGUCGAUUACGCACGGGUGA